CCCCGCCUUCUACUUACAAAAGGCGCACGCCCAAACGCCUCGCAGUCCCAACUCCCACGCAUACUCUCGCCGCGAGUCUAGACUCCAGAGCACAGCGCUCCACCUCCACCAUGAAGCGAACCAGAGCGCAGCAGCCCAAGGUCCAGGAGCCGCAAGACCCCGCCGCCGCGAACGCCAACCCCAAGCCCCAGCGCCGCGCCAAGCAGCCGAGGCAGCCCAAGGGUGCGGCCAAGAAACCCACCGCGGCGGCUUGCAGCGAAGCGAUCGCGGUCGCGGUCGCGGCCGCUGCCGUCGCGGCUAAUGCCGCUGCGUCUCCCGGGUCGGAGAUGGCGCCCACCGGGCCGAACGUGUGCAGCGCCAGGGAGGGGGAGGCGGACGCCCAGACAGUUGAGUGGGACCUCGACAGCGGCAUCAGCAACGGGUCGUGGUGGACGUGGGGCGUGGAGGAGGAGAAGCUGCUCGGGUGGUUCCCCUUCGUCGAGGAGGACUUCCGGUGCCUCGGCGGCCGCGGCGGCGACGCCGAGAUGGCCACCUUCGACGACGACAUUUGGCGGAUUCACCAAAUCUACGAGAUACCCAAUUACGCCGCAAAGUGAUGGGAUUCCCUGCAUUCCGUUAAUCUAGAUAGGAACUGAGCUGGUGGUCGCUUCUUCUGCUGAUCUUGUUCUGUAAGGGGAAGUGAUUUGGUGCAGGGACGGGGAAUGUGGCAAUCGAGAAUAUGUAGGCGAGCUAGCUAGCUAAUUAGGGAUGUUAUGCAAGUCGAAAUGAUGCAAUUUGUUGUUACGUUACUCC